AAAAGCACUAAAAUUUUGACGUUGACCAUUUAUUAGCUGUAGGAGUAGGAGGUUUUGUUGUAUUAAAUAACGAAACCUAUCAUACUUAUCAACUAUUUUGCACAAAAAUGAUUCGGUUUAUAUUAAUCCAAAAUCGGGCUGGCAAGACUCGUUUAGCCAAAUGGUAUAUGAAUUUUGACGAUGACGAGAAACAAAAGCUCAUUGAAGAAGUCCAUGCAGUUGUUACAGUUCGUGACGCUAAGCACACUAACUUCGUUGAGUUCCGAAAUUUCAAGAUCGUUUAUCGCCGAUAUGCCGGUCUCUACUUCUGUAUAUGUGUCGAUGUAAAUGACAAUAAUUUAUGCUACUUGGAGGCAAUACAUAACUUUGUUGAAGUUCUUAAUGAAUACUUUCACAAUGUUUGUGAGUUAGAUCUUGUUUUUAAUUUUUAUAAGGUAUAUACUGUUGUUGAUGAAAUGUUCUUGGCUGGAGAGAUCAGGGAAACAUCUCAAACUAAAGUACUCAAGCAGUUGUUAAUGUUAAAUUCUCUGGAAUAAUUUUUAUUUAAACAAAGAUAUUAUCUUACCUGCUAGUGGAAUAUAUCGUUUGAUUUUUAUGCUGUGGUGUAUUUUAUAUGUAUAUGUUUGACAAUAUGGGAGUAUUAUCUAUGUGCGGGGUCAUACAUAGACUAUGUAUGCAUAUUCUCAAAUGAAUGGAGCCACCAUGAACAAACACAUUCCUGAAUAUAAUAAAUGUAUAGAAAUGUAUAAAUACUAGUGUCCAAACUUAAAUUAAAUAAAGUAGCUUCAAGUUUUAAA